AUGGAAAAACAAGCGGGCCGUGUGAGGGAGGAGGCAGCACCGGCUGUUGAGGAGGCACAACGGCAGCAGCAGUCUCAAGAGGCUAGAGAUCUGCCAGGGCCGUCCCGUGAAGGCAGAGACCCAGCUGCUGGGGACCAGGAAAGCGGCGCGGAGCUGGAGGGGCUGCCUGCUGCAGGUGCUGAGUCUCCAGCGCUGGAGAAGGCUGGCACCAGUGGGCUGGAGCGAGGGAUCUCGCCGGAUGCUUCUCCAGAAGAGCAGGAGGAGCCCCCACGAAAGAAGUCUGCGUCACCGGAGCGCUCCCUGGAGCGGGCAGAGGGCGCGAGCUCCUCCAGCCAGCAGGAGGGGGGCCAACAACCGCUGCCGGAUGAACCUUCUCUGGAAGGGCAGGAGCAGCCCCCACCAAAGAAGUCUGCAUCGCCAGAGUGCUCCCUGGAGCAAGCACAGGGCACGAGCACCUCCAGCGAGCAGCAGGAUGGGGAGGGCCAACAAACCCUGCCGGAUGGCUCCAAGAAGAGGGCGUUCACCCUGGAGAGCCGCCUACAGGGCGCAGUGAAGAAGCGUCUGCUGCGGCGGCAGCUGUCCACCCCGGAGAGCUCCUCCAGCCCGGCCAGCGAGGGCCAGGAGGGCUCGGACGACGGCAGCUCGCGAGACCUGUCGCUGCACGAGGAGUCCUCGGGAGACACGCGCGACGUCAGGGGGCGCUUAAAGCAGCUCAAGAUCGCUGCGCCCAAGCCGCAGACGUCGCAAGCGCCGCCGCAGACGUCGGCGCCGCCGUCCCCGCAGACAUCGCCCGCACAGCCGCAGCCUCUGACGUCGGCGCCGCCGUCACCACCGACGUCGCCCGCACAGCCGCAGCAGCCGACGUCGCCCGCGCAGCCGACGUCGCCGCCGUCGCCAACAGUCAGCGACGCGAUGCGCGAGAUGUUCUCCCCCGGCACCAGUGACGAGAUCUGGUCAGCCAGCGCCCCUUGUUCUCGGGAGGGCAGCAUGCCGGGUUCCAGGCCAUCCUCCAGCGCCGCCUCCAGCCCCUCCAGAGCUGAGGGCCGGAAUUUGCGGGACGUGCCACCAGAACCUGAGAUCCCUCAAGAGGGCACUGAGGGGAGAAGCGUGCUGGAGGAGGAGGCGGACAAGGAGGCCGGCCUCUUCCCGGGGCCUGACCUUGAGGGGCUGUUCACAUGUUCCGCGACAGGCGUCUUCCGGUCAUCCGUCGGCGAGACAUCGGCAUUCAAAGGCAUCCCAGAAGAGCCACCUGAAGAGCAGCAGAAAGCGUCAGAGCAUCCAGUGUGUGAAGAGCCAGGUGAGGGCCAGGGACAAGAGGUGGGCCCCCCUGCUUGGACACUCGGGCCUCUAGCCGCGGUGGCCUCCUCGGCGUUCGGCGGGCUGAAGCAAAAGCCACAGCAGCAGAAAGCUGAAGGGGAGAGUGCGCAGCUGGUGGGGCAGCAGACAACACAGGGCGGGGCAGCGCUGGCUGUGGACAGCGGUGAGCAAGAGCCGGGGGCAGAGGAAGAGGCAGAGGAAGGGGGGCCACUGGGGCAGGACUCGCCAGGGCCGCAGCGGAGGCGGGCCUCCAAGCGGAAGAGCACAGCCGGCCACUACGGGCUGAUGCCGAAGAGGGGCCGCAAGUGA